AUGGCUGGAGAUUUUUCCGACGAAGAGUGGGAUAUUUCAGAUGAUCAAUGGCAGGUACUUGAGCAUAACGCCAUAACAUUGACCCAGCAACAACAGCAAGGUGCUAGACCUGGACGGAAACCUGUCACGACUAAUGGUCGCAACCCGAGUCGUACAAGCACUGAAAGGCUUGACUCAUCCUCCCUUCGAAGAACAGCCCUUGGCACACCUGCCACCCAGAAUGGGAAUCGAGUCGUGAGCGAAGAGGAUAGUUUCGACAAUCCUCAGCUCGAUGAGGAUGGCGUUCCGUUAGUGCUGGAGGUUCAGCCUCAGCCGUAUGUGGUACGCAGACCUGUCGAUGAAUCGAUCCAGAGAGAACAAUGGAGAGCAAAUCGAUAUGCUCAGAAGCAUGGACCACAACCUCAGCCUCGCCCUAUACAAAGGACCAUACCACAUCACGCAUAUCAGGAACAUCAGCAGAAACAGGCGUCUCAGAAUGGUCGAGUGGUGCAGCCACAAGUGCAGCAGCAACUACGACAGGCUGCCUACCCAGCUGGACCCCCGAGUCAAAGCACACAAGGAUUUCACAUCAUUCCAAAGCCCAACCAGGCGACUGAUCCGUUUCAAGCUGAGUUAGAGCAACUCCGUAAAGAGAAGGAGGCACUGUCUCACAGUCUCAACCAAGUCCAAUCAGAGCUCUUUACUGCAAAAGGGGAAAUCUCUGUCAUUCGGAGCAAAAAUGACAACGAUAUCAGAACUGCAGAAAGGCAGGUGGCAAUUUUGAAAAAGCAAAUGCAAGAAGAAGCUGUGAAACACGAUACUGUACUGAGAUCGAAAGAUGCCAGUUAUGCUCAAUUGGCCACAGAUAGCAAGUUCCUGAAACACGAGCUGAAUGAGCAGACUCGUAAAGUCCAGGCGUUGCAGAUACGGACAAAAGAGCAGCCUCUUCAAGCCAGACCAAACGAUGCCAACCUGUCUCCUCGUAGAGGCAUUGUUAGCAACCUGCGCGACGGCUUCGACGACAAUGAGGUUAUGCAACUAUCGCCUGGGAGAGGUAGAUCGCCUGCUGGCCACCGGACUUCCAAACCUAACACACCGAACAAGAAGAGGAAGCAUACAACUGCCAAUACAAUAGAUAUGCCAUCUCUAACUCUGAGAUUGUCUGGUGAUGGCCACGAGCAGCUGCAAAAUAAGCAACCCGCGAAGGACGAGCCCCCAGCUCAAAUUGCAAGAGACCAUCAAAGUGAAUACAAUCUAAACUUGCUCAAAGACUUGUUCGCCUUUCGUCCACGUAUGAGCCAAGAUACAGUCGUGGAAUCACUAACCAAAUUCUCAUUUCCAAGCGAUAAAAAUCGUCCUCUAAGCUCGAUCUUGCUGACAGAAACAUCGAACUUGAAGCAGCCAAGAUUUGCUGGCGAUCUUCUGGACAUCUUCACUUCGUUCGUGGCAAGAUGCUGGCGGGAAGAGUACUACAUUCCACUUGGUAUUCUCCUCGAGGCUAUCGGUCACAUCCUCGACCUCGAACCAAUAGUUGUUGACCAAGAAGUGAUCAAGUCGCUGGUGCCCCCACUGCAGGAGAUCAUAGCAGUGAAUGGAAAGAUUCGUUGGAAGUUGGCUGAUAUGAACCAGGUCUGGAAUGACGCAAAUCCGAAGCCCAAAGUCAAGCCAGAGAUCAACGUAGCCGCCUGCCUUGAUGUCCUGAUUAUGCUUGCUGGUCUUGUUGUGGAUGACUAUGUGCUUAUUAGGGAGUUCUGGGGCUGCUUGACUACUGAAAUAAUCCUGAUCAUGCUUGCACCAUGUCAACCUAUACCUGAUCUGGCGUUAAUGCUCGAGCUUAUGACAACAAGUGUCCUACCAGAGUCCUUCGGCAAUAUCUGCGGUGAGGAUCAGCAACAGAACCAAACCGAGAUAUACCAUGUGGACAAAAUCUGCUACCUCCUGCAUAAUCCGCCAAGGGUAGUGAUGAAGCAUAUCCAGGACCAGCUAGCGAAGCAAAAGAAGCAGCGUUUCAGCACAAAUAAAGACAUCGAAGUACCAGACCCUCCCCCAACUCGCCUUCAGAUCUGUCACUUCCGAUUCAAAGCCCUCGAUCUCAUCUCCAAGAUUGCGAUGACGUCGAUACCACAUCCUCAUCAAAGUGGCAUAGACUCUCAUCAUGGCACAAGUCUCCUGCUUUUCCACCCCUCUGCUGUAGCAAGACUUACCCGCUUGCUCUACGACGAGGUCAGCAACCUCUACGACGCACACACGGACACUCAUCACCUUCAUGCCCAGCUCAUUAACCGCGCAACUGCAAUUCUUCACCAUCUCCUUUUAUCGCCACAAGCAAUAUCCAGGGAUUCCAAGUUCGACCUCACAAAGGCAGUUUCGGCAGUCCUCGCAGGUGUCAAUCGCUUUCGCGUAGCGCUUUCCAGAAUUAUCUUUCGUGAAGCGUUAGAGCACGGCAUCGACACUCCCAUCACUGAGGAUACGGUACAGCGAGCUAAUGAAAUCCUGGAAGAAUACGUGACGCCUGACGAGGCGGUACAAUUGCUUGCGGCAUUUGGCAAGGACGUUGUUGAUGAAGAUGAGGAGAUGGCGGACGAGGACGCUGAGGCUGAAGCUGCUGUCAUGGCUGAGGUCUUAUAA